AUGGAAAUCAAAAAAAAGAAAAAGUCAACGGACUACUCGAGGAGAGGCUGUUUGCAAUGCAAGAAGUCGCAUGUGAAGUGCGAUGAAAAGUUUCCAACCUGCUCACGGUGUCUGAAACGGAGCACGGAGUGCAAAUACUUCACAAAUUUCCUGCUCGAAAGCACAGCCUCUACCAUAGAACGAAAUACAACUGCCAAGACCACCAUUGUCUGGGAAAACAAUCAGUUCACGAACGUCAAGGAUAGAGCAGCAGCCAAUGGAGGACUUGUGUUUCCAGGUGAUGCCGACUACUCGGCUCGAGCCGCAGCAGUCCACGAUGAAGCAAACGUUUCACCAUCGAGCAGCACCAGUAACCUAUCAACUACCGACAAAAUACUCAAUCCGACACACGUCUUCCUUCCGGCCCCGAUGACUCCCGCAAACAUGAACAUCCACUACCACUUAGGCGAAGACCCAGCAAAGCUGACAGCACUGCAACACUCAAAGCUAAUCCCCUCCCCGUCUUUCCUCAACAACUUCAAUAGCAAGUCUCCGCACAACGCUUCAGUGUCUGAUUCGAGUGACGUCGGCAGCCAGUUUUCAUUUUCUCACAUAAAACUUAACGAUCUCAUAUCUGUCGGACAGAGCGAUCUGGAUUACUUGAGCUCACUGAACAAAGAAUACAAAACAAUGACAUAUCUAUACAAUGAAAAAACGCACCCAGACUUACAUGUUUUCGAUAUCCCAUGGGAUGGUGGUCCCAUGUACUACUUCGUCGAUACAAUCAAGAAAUAUGACCCGAUAGUUACCAACAGCGAAAUCUCCUUGAACGACCAAUCUAUCAUCGACUUUACUUGGACGCUAGCCAGAAUAACCAAGUUUUUCUAUACCUUUGUUUUAUACUCAGAAACUUCCUUGAUGUCUGUACUAGAUCUAUGUUUCAAGUUGGGUACAAAAAGCUCCAUUUUCCAAAGUAUCCUCACCUACCACUGUUCAGUGCAUGUAGUUCGACUUUACAAUAUCAGCAACAAUGAAAACCUAGCAGACCUAUGGGACGUCAACGUACGGAUCCCAACUUUCAAGCAAUGCAUUGACUAUUUGAGAGCAGGUUUGGAAAACUCUCCCACUUUCUCAGAUCUAGUCAUACUUACUUUCGCAGUGGUGAUAAUCUUUUCCGGUAACGCAUCUGAUGAAAGCUGGAGAGCUCAUUUAAAUGGGUGUUACCAAUUGAUUAGUAAAUCGUAUACGCUCAAAAGCUCAGCAAACUUGGAGGAUUCAUUUGAUGUCGCUGCAUUGGCAUUGUACGAUGUAAUAGUUGAAUGGUACAACCACACAGCUUCAUUGGCUGCCGUGAGCGCAGGAAACGGAUUUCUUGGACGAGAUUUGAGUUCGCUUAGGAACAUAACAACCUCAAAUAUAGCGGUUGCAAGCAAUGGUAUGAAUCUGAUGGCGGGCCAUUGUUCAAAUAUUACCGAUUUGAUAUCAAAUAUCAACAAGUUUAUGCACACCUCUCAAAAAAAGGGUCUGAAGCUAUCUGGGCUCAACUUUGUUUACUUUAUUCUCAAUGAAAAUAAAUCGAAUGAUGCUGCCGCAGAGAUUACUGUCAAUGGCUUUGAGUUUUUACGUCAGUUGAACAAAAUAAAAUUAAAUUUUGAGUACGAAAGGUUAGAGCUCGAAGAUUACAAAAUGGACCUAUCUAUAAAGUACUGUAAUUUGCUAUACAUGGAUGGGUUAAAAUUAUUCAUCACAUACUUUUUUAUCGGCACUAGAGAUAAAUCAAUUAUCAGAUCAAUCCUGCGUGACAUUUUGGAUCUAAUAUAUUCUAUGCCUUACCGUUCCUCAUGUGCAAUCAUUUGUCAUUGGAAUAUAUAUAUUGGUGGACUAGUUUCCUUGUUGAUCUCGGAUUUUGAGAUUUACGGACAUUUUGUUGGUAUCUUGAAAGUUUUCCAAUUAAAUGGAAUGGACGUUCAAUCAAUAGAUAUCCUCGAAAAAAUAAAGUCGAUUUUGUUUGAAAAGGACUAUCAGCAACUAUUAUACGCAGACAAUGACUUUGUUAUUUACUAA